GGGAGGUAUACAUGCAGUACAGUGUGAAUGUGUUGCUUCUAACAGUGAGGUAGGAGGAGAGGAGGAACAGGAGAAGGAGGAGGAAGGGGUGCUUCCUCUUCAGCCUGAGCUGAGCUGCUGAUAUAUCCCAGCAGCCCCGGCCCGUAGCAACAGGAACCUUGGUAUAAAAAGCCCGUCGCAGGGGGAACCCUCCUAAGUGUCUCUCAGCCGCAGCAUGAACAGGACCGAGAGCCUGAGAGUGUGGACUUAACAAAACAAUGCCCAGCCUAAUCGUUGAACCACUCAACACACAACACUUCAUCAUGGACAGAGAUGACAGGAAGAGAAACAAGAACAUUGGAAAGAACUUUAUGUGCCGACUCCAGUGCAUGUUCUCACACUCAUCAAGCUCUGAGAGGCUAAGUUUAGAAGAUACCCAACAAUGGUCACAGUCACUGGAAAGGCUUCUCGAGUCUAAAUAUGGACUGGCUACUUUUCGCAACUUUCUGAAAUCUGAAUACAGCGAUGAGAAUAUUGAGUUCUGGCUCACCUGUGAGGACUACAAGAAGAUCAAGUCUUCAUUCAGAAUGUCCUCAAGAGCCAAGAAGAUUUAUGAGCAGUUCAUCAAAGCAGAAUCUCCUAAAGAGAUCAACAUAGACCAUCACACCCGAGAGCAGAUCAAAAGGAACGUCAAGACUCCCACCAUGUACUGCUUUGAUGACGCUCAGAAGAUAGUUUACGGGCUGAUGGAAAGAGACUCGUACCCGCGGUUCCUCCGCUCGGACAUUUAUAGAAGUCUCCUGGAAAACCUUGCCGCCGAUGCCACGAAGGGAUGAAGGCGCAGCCAGGGGGAGAGACAAAGGACAUAAAAUCCACAACUGGAAUGUUUGAGCUCCUUCAGGAGGAAGGACUGACAACAAAGAAGGAAGGAGGGUCGACCCAUGCGACCACACCGACACAAACAGAGGCCUCACACCUCGGGGUCGUCCCUUGAUCCACAAGCAAACUAUGCUUCAGUCCCAUCAUGGGAGGAUCCCCACACUGAGCACCUCACACCUGAGGUCUGUGUUACAAGAAGAAGAAUAAACACAACCAGCUUUAAUGAUAAUCACCCUGUAGUGUGUGUUUGCACUGGAUGACAAGUCUGUGUACGUAGGCGAAUUGAACACUUUUGACAAUGAAUGAAUCCGUAAGGCAACUGACGCCCCCUCUAACGGUGGAGCUGCGUAAGCAAACCAUGCAGUGGACCUCCUUUGGCCUUCUUUGCAGAGGUGUUUCCUGUGCAGAUAAAGACAGAGGAUGUAAAAUGCAACAGUUACACUCGAUUAGUGUGUGUGUGUGUCUGAGAGAGAGAGAGAGAGAGAGAGAGUAUUUAGUUGUAGCUUUUAACUGCCACUGACACAGAAUAAGCUGUCGCAAUAAGAGUUGGCCAAUUAUCUAAUGACGGCACUAAGGAAGCCAACAAAUCCAUAGCGGACAGAGGACUCAAUAGUGAUAUGUCAUCCUUAGUAAAGAGUUGCAGGAGGCCACUUAGUUCUGCAAGAGGCAUUCUGGGACACUUUAAAAAGGAAUUUUUUUCUCUUUUUUUUUUGUUUUAGAUUGGACCGAUAUGGGUUUUUUUAAAACGGAUACUGAUAUUUUUUAGAUUUAAGCUGCCUAUGGGUGAUAUUUUAAUAUUCAGUAUCUUUAAGGUUUAUCAUUUUCAAACUACAAGUACAAGUAGUAUUUUUAUUUCAAUACAAAUCCAGGAUGAAUAUAUUUUAUAUGAUGACAAAACAUAAUCGUGCACAUUUUUUAUGUGAAAUCUGAACCAAAAUGCACUACAGCAACUGAGAAGUUUCCAUUUACGGCCGGUGACAUCUAAUUUAAUUCCUCAGCACACGACUACUGGCUGUUAUCUUAGUCUAAAUCAAAUUCUUAUAGCACUGAAGUGUUAAGAGUUGUGAUUUUAUGAACUAAACUAUUUGAGUGGAAUUACUAUAGAGAUAGAAUGUUUUACCUUGCAUGACAGGAUGUUAAAACUCCUUCUAUUCCCUGAGAAUAUGCCUUGUUAUUGCUUUCCAAAGCAUGUUGUUUGAAUAUGUUCUUAGGUAGUCUUAGACGUUAAUAGUUAAGUUAACUUAAAAGUUAAACAAUGUAUUAUUUAUUGGUAAUUGUCACCAUUUGAGUACAAAGUUUGUUGCAGUGUUAAAGUGCUUGUUAAAAUGUUAGUGAUUUGAAUGACAUUAAAUUAUUUAAAUUG